GACCCUCCUGAGGGACCUCCAAAUGAAGGACGAGAAAGUGGUGGAAAGAGUACAAAGGAGAUAAAAUCAAAGAACAAUAGCUCAGAAAGUGGAUCUAAAACUCCAAGUGAAAGUAGUCAAAUAAGAAAUGAACAUGGAAAAGGUCAAUUGGAUAGCGUAAGCAAGCAAUGUAAGCAGUUCGGAGCACAGGACGAGUGUGUGAACGAUUCUGUAGGAAGUGGAGCAGGGAGUGUAGCAUUAAACAGAAGUAAAGGAGCGGCAAGCAGUAAGAGCGGCGUAUCAAAUGAAGACGAUUCAGAGCGUGAAGGAGCAAGUGGAGAAAAAAAGCGUGGUUCAAAGGAGGGCUGGAAGCUUUUCAAGUUCCGCAAGAGCAAAGGCAGUGCAGAAGAUGCCAGGCAGAGGAGAACAAAGGGCACCCAAGAAUCAGCUGAACAAGAGACCGAAGCGCCUCCUCAACAAACGGCUGUAGACUACAAUGCUCCUCAACGUCGAAAUUAUCCACCGGCUGGAAACUAUCCACCACGAGGUGGGAACUAUCCACCCCAAGGUGGGUACCCGCCACCUGGUGGAAACUAUCCACCUCCAGGUGGGAACUACCCGCCACCAGGUGGAGGUUAUCCACGACCAGGUGGUAACUAUCCACCACAAGGUGGAGGCUAUCCGCCACCGGGUGGAGGUUAUCCACCGCCAGGAGGAAACUACCCUCCACAGCAGCCGUUUGGCAACUUCCCACAGCCACCACCUGCCCCCGGGUCACCCUUGAAACCACCGCCUCCCGACCAGCAAGGCGGUUAUAUUUACGACAAGGAUGAUUAUUUU